AGGGAGCUUCCAUUUCUCUUUUUCUGGGUAGAAUGGCUGCCUCAGGAUCACGAGUAUCUUUCCUGGCUCUGUUGUAAUAACUGUACAGGAUGCCUGUUGAACCCACCCGCCAGUGAGGGGCCUUAGCUGGGUUAAUUUGACCACUGUCUGAUGCAAUCCAGCAUUGAAAUGUGGGAUCAGAGGCAGAAACCUUUCAACAUGGGUCUUACGUAAAGAGAACAAAUUACACAGUUUGACUAAGGGGCUCAUAAAUCUAGCAGUGCAAGCAGUACUGGUCUGACAUCAACACUGAAAAUGGACCCUGAUGUCCAGUGUGAAGAGCUGACUGGGUCCAGAUGGACUGAGCUUGUUUCUUCCAUGAAAAAUAGCAAAACCAUCAGGCUGGAUGACUGCAGUCUUUCCAGGAGCCAUUGUGAAGAACUUUGCUCUGUGCUCAGUACUAACCAGUCUCUGAAAGAGUUGAAGCUGAAUAACAAUGAGCUCAAGGAUGAGGGUAUGGAAGUACUGUGUAAAGGGCUGCUGACACCAAGCUGCAACCUGGAGUUGCUAUGGCUGCAGAACUGCAGCCUAACAGGUGCCUGCUGUGAGAGUCUCCGCUCUGUUCUCAGCAAGAAACCGUCUCUGACAGAACUGCACUUGGGUGACAACAAGCUAGAAACCUCAGGAGGAAAAGUGCUCUGCCAAGGGUUGCUGGAUCCUAACUGUAAGAUACGGAAUCUCAUACUGAGCUAUUGUGAGCUCACAAAGGACAAUGCAGAGCUGCUUACAUCUGUUCUGUGCGCCAAGCCGACCCUGAAAGAGCUGAACUUAAGUAACAAUGAAUUGGGAGAUGGCGCAAUAAAACAGCUGUGCCAGGGACUGAUGGAUCCAAACUGUAACUUAGAGUUACUACAUCUGGAAAACUGUGGUGUGACAGCUGAGAGCUGUGCAGAUCUGAGCAAUGUUCUCCGUACAAAGCCAUCCCUGAUAGAUCUGGCUGUGGGAGACAACAAGUUUGGAGAUGCAGGCCUAGCUCUGCUGUGCCAGGGGCUGCUGCAUCCUAACUGCAAAAUACAGAAGCUGUGGUUAUGGGAAUGUGAUCUCACAGCCGCUAGUUGUAAAGAUCUCUCCAAUCUUGUCAGUACAAAAGAGUCCCUCAUAGAGAUGAGUCUGAUAACAAAUAGUUUGGGAGAUGCAGGAAUGGAUCUUCUGUGCCAAGGACUGAAAGACCCAAAAUGCAAACUCCAGUCAUUAUGGCUAAGGGAGUGUGGCCUCACCAGUGCCUGUUGUGAAAGCAUUAGCUCCGUUCUCAGCACAAACAAGUCCUUGAAAGAGCUGCAGAUAGGUUCAAACAAGCUAGAAGAUGAAGGAGUGAAAGUGAUUUGUGAAGGACUGCGACAACCCAGCUGUAACAUAGAGUCUAUAUGGCUGGGGGACAGUGAUGCCACAGCUGGUUGCUGUGACAGUAUCGCUGCUGUCAUCAGUAGCAAACCGUGCCUAAGAGAGAUUGACCUAAGCAACAACAUGCUGGAGGAUGAGGGUGUGAGAAAGCUAUAUGAAGCAGUGAAAAGCCCUAACUGCAAACUGAAGCAUCUAGUGUUGUAUGACAUCUACUGGAGUUCUGAAGUAGAUGAUGAACUGCAGGCCCUGGAAGAAUCCAAGCCUGGUUUGAAGAUAAUUUCCUGAGUCCAGAUGCGACUAUCUUCUGAAUGCUGUUCAGGCCCAACUUUUUCCACUUUGUUUAUGACGCUAACCAAUGAAUAUCCUGUUGCAUAUGCUUUCAUCAAAU